CCUGGACUUCUUUUGGAAUCCAUUUGUAAAUCAUUUUUCCCCUUUCGCUUCCAACUCCCUUGCGCCCGUCUCUUCCAGUCUUUCUCUCCUUCUCUGAUUGUUCUUUCACAUCAUCCUUUUAAGCGCUGAGCUUCCAAACUGAAAGCAACAAAGCAGGUGGCGAAGACUGUGAAGGCUCAAGCCUCUGGCUACCCUGGCUACGAUUAGAAGAUGAUGCUUUUUAGAUAUUUCGUGUCUAAACGUCCACGGUCGUUCUUUGAUGCUGAAGACGUUGAAAGCAAACGAGCGGAAGAAUUCGUCGACCUACAACCAUUGCUUCCUAGCGGUAACCACAACGAAGAUGGAACUCAUCAUACUCGCCACCACUUUAGCCUCGAUACCACCAGCCCUAUCCCUACGGCAAGCACUGCGUCCUUGCUUACACCUACUUCAUCCACUCCAUUCCUUCGCUCAACCCCAAGCCGAACAUCCCAUCCCUUCUCUCCACGACUCUCAACGCCCCUCUCCCAACUCCCCUUCACGACCCGUCCCCGUCGUCGAACUCUCAUCUGCUCUUUUAUCUUCCUAUCAAUUCUAACACCUCUUAUCAUUUAUACCUUCCACUUCUACUCCGAUCCCGGUUUCAACGACGUCUUUGACGUUCAACCCUCCAUACCCCAUCCUGAGCCAGUCGAGUUCACCGUUGAUCCCGUUUCGAACGUGACGGUUGAGAAUACCUUGGGAAGCUUAUAUGCGGAACUCGUAUCGAGGUUUGAGAAGAGUAUGAACGUUGGGAGGUCUAAAUUGCGGUGUAGUUCACCGAUGGAGGAACCGUUUCGGAGUCGUUACGCUCAUUUAUCACAUGUUCUUUCUUCUCCUUCCCCUUCUUCCUCUCCUGCCACUAGCAAUACCAACAUCACAACAAGCGCCACCAGAAGUAGAUCUAAACACGGAAAAGUCUUCAUAGCCAUAGACCUCUAUAAUUCUGCCCACAUUCUCCAUACACUCUCCUUUUCUUUACUCCAAGCAGCUCUCUAUCUUGGUCCACAACGCGUUAUCGUAUCCAUAUUCGAAAAUGGUUCGAAAGAUGGAACGGAUCGUGGAAUGGCUCAUUUAGCGGCUGUGUUGACGAGAGCUCGAGUUGAACAUUUCAUCGUCUCGGAUCAGAAGCCGACGAAUUGGAGUGAAGGGGUUGAUAGGAUUGGGCAACUUUCGGUAUACAGGAAUUUGGUGAUUGAACCGUUGGUGAAAGGGAGGGUUCAUAGCGGUGGUGGUGGUGAAAGCGACGACGAGGUGGAGGGAGUGGAGACGGUGGUGUUUGUGAACGACGUGUUUACGUGUGGGACGGACAUUUUGGAGUUGGUACAUCAAAGGGUCGUUCAGGAGGCGAGUGCUGCGUGCGGAUUAGAUUAUAGAUGGCGACGUCCUCAAUUCUCUUGGUUCGAUGUUGGUCCAAAGUUCUAUGACAACUGGGUAUCUCGAUCCCUCUCCGGCAACACCCUCCGUUCCCGUCUCGAUCUUUUCGCAGAAAUACGAGAUGGGAUCGAUGAACUGUUCUAUGCAAGCGAGGACGUACAGUGGAAAGCGAUGUUUAGAGAAGCCAAACCCACGCCUGUUUAUUCGUGUUGGAAUGGGAUGAUGGCUUUGGAUGCGAGACCUUUUCUGGGGAUUGGACCUGGUGAGAGUGUUGGGAGGAGGAGGAAAGGUGACGGUGACGGUGAUGGACAAAGUAGGAAGAAGGUUAUGUUCCGUGGAGGGGAUAGGCAGAAACAUGAAUGUCGUGAGUCGUUCUUCUCUCACGUUUUGUUGGAGUUUGUGCCUGAUGACGGUCAUACUCCUUUUCCCUUAGCUGCCUCCGAGUGUAAGCUCAUCGCGAAGGAUUUCUGGAAUGCAGGAUUCGAUAGAUGGGUGCUCGUUCCAUCCGUACGAGUCACUUACGAGGAAGACUUGUAUCAUCACCCCUCUUUUAACAGACUCAUCGACAAGGCCCAAUCACGUUGGUCCGAAGCUCUCCCAUUCCCACCCCCACCUAACCCUCCUCCAGCCAACUCACUAGAAACCCGUUCGACGAUGCUUCCACCUCCUUUGAAACCUGGUACAUCCAAUUCGGAACUGAUCGAUUGGGGGAAGGUGAAGAAGCCUCAGAGGGUCGUUUGUUGGCCGUAUAGGAAGAAUCCUAUUAUUGAAUGGCCUUGGACUGGGUUGAUGGAGACUGCUUGAUCUUGGCGUAAGGGGAUAGGAAGUGUGUGGUGUGUGGAGGUUGGAAGCUGCUGGCCUGUCGGCAUUUUUCCAAUUCGUAUUUCGUUGUUUUUUUUUCUCACUUAUUGACCUUCCACAAUUUUCUUUCGCCAUUUCGCAGCUAAAUCAAGUUCGAUCCAUCCUUUUUUCUUCUCUCUUUUUAUUCCUUUGAUGCGUGUGCAAGGGUGCCAAGGACAGCUACAGAUUAUAUUCUAUCGUAUCUAUCUAUACAAUGUAAUGUAUAUAGUGGGGACGUGAAUUAGGAUAGUGUAGAAGUGACGAGCUUCAUUUCUUAUCUUGCAGUCCUAA